AUGGCUCCAGAAGACUUUAUUAGCAUCAUCCAAGAACUAGAAGCAGAAAAUGUUGAUCUAGCAGAAAAGUACAACAAGCUACAAACUGAAAUGGACAAAAUCCACAUCCAAAUCGGCAAAGGUACUCUUGAUUGGAUUUUUAAGAAAGACGAAACAGGGCAACAAGACAGCAAAACUCCGUUUGGGGCAUCGAAACCAGCAUCCUUCGCUGGAGCGGCCAAAUCAGUAACGUUAAUAGCUAAGCUGGACCCAGAAUUAGAUACCACCAAUCUGGAUGGUAAGUCAAUGGAUCAGUUUUUUAAAAGCAACGAACAAUGGCCGACACUCCAACACUUCUCAAAGAGGAACAACCAAGCCCGCCUAGUUUUCAACAAUGCAGCAGAUGCCAAGAAGGCAGAACAGAUCAUAAAAGAAGACCCUAAACUAACCGGGACGGUAAAAUCAAUCGCAGAACAGAAAUUUAAUUACCCGGUUGUUGCCUUUGCCACCGGAACAAAUGAUUUAGAGGAACUUCAAACUGAAAUCGAAUACCGGAACGAGCUGUUGCGAGGUAACAUAAGCAGCAUCAAAAUUCUGUCCAGAGAAAAGGGACAUGUAAAAAUUUAUGUGACAUCCAAGAAGACGCAAGUAGCAAUCCUAAAAGCAGGUAAUAGUGCAAUUAAAUCGGAACUGCCAAGAAACAAACAGAGCAAAAGCGAACUAGAUUUUUGGACACCGGAACUGGAUAAACUGAAGGCGGAGAUGCGCACUGCAACGGCCAAGUAUGAAAAAUUUCUCAAAGCCAAUAACAUCAAGGAGAGGAAACGUACCAGUAAAGAGUGUUCACCGCAAGAAACAAAUUUCCGCUCAGCCAAACGGAUGUAUCAAAAAGUGCUAAGAAAAAGCAAAGGAAAAGCGUUCGAGAACUUUUGCACUAUAAACAUGAAUAAGGACUUAUUUAAGAGCCUAAGAAUCUUGUCCAAUAGCCAGAACACCAGCCAAGUGCCCACGGAACUUGUUGUGGAUGGAAGGUCUAUGACGGAAGAAGAAGAGAUAAUCAAAGAGCUAGGUAACAGCUUUUUUCCUGCCCCAAAACCAAUUGGCCCAGAGCAGGAAGAAAUUAUCAACACGUAUGCAAGCUACAAGAAAGCAAGCGCAAAUGAAGUACAACCAACCAUUACAAGUGAAGAAGUAGAAGCAGCAGUCUUCGCACUAAACGCAAGCUCGUCUCCGGGCACAGAUGGGAUCUCAAUCUCAAUUAUACAAGAGGCUAACAUGGAUGUCGGUGACAGAGAAAUGGUUUGGAGAGAGUCAGCAUGGAUUUCGACAAGGAAGGUCAACAGUGAGUGCCAUGCAUUCUCUGGUAAGCACAAUCGAAACAAACCGUGAAAGCAGAGGUUACACAGCAGCGGUUUUUCUGGACAUAAGCGGGGCGUUUGAUGGGGCUUGGCCGGCAGCGAUACUGGCAGCACUGACCAAAAGGAAGUGCCCACUCUAUCUCAUUGACAUAAUCGCAAGCCUGCUCAAGGAUCGGACCGCGAUAAUCAAAACAAAUCAGGGACUUUACAAAUGCUCAAUACAAAUAGGGUGCCCACAGGGCGGAGUCCUAUCUCCAUUCUUGUGGAUCAUCCUG